AUGAAUGUCGGAGGUGGGAAAGCUACAAGGAACCACUGUGAAAUGAGGAUCAAGGGGGUUAUGAAGGGAGAGGCAGCAAAGAUUAUUGAAGGUGAAUCACAUUUAACUCAUCUGGCUGAAUUCGCUGAUGAAAGAGUAGAGGUGGCUGAUCAGUGUUGUGUAGCAGAAACUAUCAUCUUCUACGAGGACAGGAACUUCCAGGGUCGGCACUAUGAGUGCAGCUCCGACUGUGCCGACCUCUCCCCUUACUUCAGCCGCUGUAACUCCAUCCGUGUCGAGAGUGACUGGUGGGUGGUGUACGAGAGACCCAACUACAUGGGAUACCAGUAUGUCCUGAGAAGGGGAGAGUAUCCUGACUACCAGCGCUGGAUGGGAUUCAAUGACUGUGUCAAAUCCUGUCGCAGUUACCCAUAUUACCGAGGCGGCACCUACAAAAUGAGGAUUUACGAAAGGCCUGACUUUGAGGGGCAGAUGAUGGAAUUCAUGGAAGACUGUCCCUCUGUCUACGAUCGUUUCCAUUACCGUGACAUCCACUCCUGUCAGGUGAUGGAUGGCUACUGGAUCUUCUAUGAACAUCCCAACUACAGAGGCCGACAGUACUUCCUGAGACCCGGGGAAUACAGGAGAUACAGUGACUGGGGCGGCUACAACUCAACCAUUGGGUCCUUCAGGCGCAUGAGGGACUUCUAA